UUUUAUAUUGCUGUUCCCAAUCUGCUCAGAUUCAGAGUUUGCGCACCAAGAAUGGCUGAGGAUUCGACGGUUGAGAGCGCGAUCGCUGCUGCGGCAUUGGCAGACAGCCACAAGAAGGAAGGCAACGCGCUCUACCAUGCGCAGGACUAUGUAGGCGCAGUGCUCAAGUACCAGGCGGCAGUGGAUGCAGGCCCGCCGAGGGAAGCGCUGCCAAUGCUCUACCAGAACAUGAGCGCGGCAAAGUACCAGCUCAAGCAAUACGCCGAGUCGAUCGAAGACGCCACCAAAGCGAUCAUGAUCGACCCGACCUUCCUCAAGGCGCAUCUGCGGCGCGGGAAGGCGCUCGCGGCGCUGGGGAACUGGCACCAGGCUCGCAACGCGUACGCGGCCGCGAUCGCCGUCACGCCGAACUCGACCGAGGCGCAGAUCGGACGGAUUGAGGCUGAGCAGGCACUUGUUGCCCAGUACUACAAGCCGUACAAUGAAACAAUGACCAAUGCACAAGUCCGCUACAUCAAUCCAACGCGAGGAAAAGGCGUUGUCACGCUGAAAGAGCUCCAGUACGGCACUGAAGUGUUUCACGAGGCGCCAGUUGUCAGCCAUCGCUUUGUGGGUGCUGAAGAGAACUCGGCCAUCCCGGCGUGCUCGCACUGCUUGCAAACGCGCCUGACUCCUGAUAUGAUGGGCCCGUUUGCAGUGUUGCACAGUGAAGUGUAUCCCUCCGGCACCCCAUCCUUCCUGAGUUGCGAAAAGUGCUUUGUUCCAUACGAGCAGUAUUGCUCAGCCAAGUGCCGCACGCAAGCAUGGGACGACUACCAUUCCGUGUUUUGUGCCAAAGACCGCGAGCUUGCCAAAAUUCACCCCAUCACCGAGCUCUACGCUCUUUGCCGAAAACACAAUCGUACCAAUCCUUUGAUCAUUGCUCGCGCAUUCGCCAUGAGCUUGACGGGAGUCACCAGCGGUCGCUUCUCCAACAUGCAGGACACAUUCCAACGCUUUGGCAACUUUAUCGCGUCGGAAGAGCAGACGCCGCACGAUGCGGAAGAGUUUGCGCUCAUCUUGAAUGCGUUUUCUCCUCCGCAUCGAAAGCUGAUGGAAAUUGUGCUGACAAUUCAAAACUUCCGGAUGCUCGACGGCGCCAUCAUGAGAAAUGCCCAGCGCCUCAAUCCAGUGUCGGAUCUGCACGCAAUGAUCGACCGCUUGGCCCAGAUAGACGCACACAAACUGGCUGCGGUGCUCGGAAAGAUUGGCUUCAAGAUUCCGCAGUUGCCUGGUCUGCGCAUGAGCACACCCAUGCGAUCCCUGACUGUCUCGGGCAGUGGGCUGUUUGAGAUUGGCAACACGAUGAACCACUCCUGCCAGCCCAACGUCGUCAGCAUGACUCGUGCGACUGACUUUACCCUGUCUGUCGUCGCCGUCGCCACCAUUCCGGUCAACACGGAGGUGUGCAUCUCGUACAUUGACACAGACCUUCCCAAGGCCAAGCGGCAGGCCGCCCUCGAAGAGUUGUACUACUUUAGUUGUAGUUGUGCCAAGUGCCAGUCAGAGGAUUGAUUGUGGAAGAAUAGCAAUAAUUUUCAACCAGA